AUGCACGUGUGGCAUCACCGUUACCACACUCCGUCCGUUCACUUGCCUGGGGAGACGUUUCCUCGUGGGGGCUACAAGGGUGUGCCGGAUGGCUACGUCGAUGGGUGGCCGCAUGCCAAGUCUUGGCCGCAUCUCGCCAAGAAGAAAGGGACGGCGUCCGGUGGAGCUCGGAGGUCAGGCGGGAUGGAGCGGUUCAUGACAACCAAGCUGACCACGGAGGAGCUACGGCAGGCGAUCGCCAAGCUGGUGGUCACCUGCGACCUCCCCUUCCGCAUCGUCGAGUCCGAGGCCAUGAGUUUUCGGGAGCUAUUGAUCCUGCUAAACCGCAACUGCGCGCAGAAGAACUUCAUCCUCUCGCGCUGGACGGUAUCCCGCGACACCGUGGUCUAUGCAACAGCAGCUCUCCAGUCCGCCAUUGCGGAGAUGCUGGCGAAGGAGGGGGAGUUGGGGUGCAAGGUGUCGAUCACCAUCGACAUGUGGACGGCACCCAACAACAAGGCAUAG